AUGAACAAUGAAGGGGAUAUCAACUCUCUGAGUGAAAGUAUGAACGAUGACCUAUAUGCCCCUCAAGUUGCAAAUGAUCGAAAGCCAAAGAUUGGAAUGAGAUUUGCAACAGUUGCUGAUGCGUUUGCAUUCUACAAUCAGUAUGCACGAGAAGCUGGUUUUAGCGCAAGAUCAAGUAGUACCAAAAAGAACAAGAAAACAAAUGAACUUGUUUGGAAACAAUUUGUAUGCUUCAAAGCUGGUCAAACUGAUGAGAAUCGUUCUAAAAAAAGAGCACUGAGUGGUGACACGAUAAAUUCAAGAGCUCGUGGUGAAGUUAGAACUGAUUGUAAGGCAAGAGCUUCAAUUGUCAAGCAACAAACUGGACCGGAUUGGAGUGUUAGCGUCUUUGUAGAAGGUCAUAAUCAUGGACUCUCUACUCCUUCAAAGGUGCACUUGCUUCGAUCACACUGUAAUGUUUCUAUCGCGAAUAGAGUAUUGACUCAACAACUUUCAGAAGCUAAUAUACCUACAUGUCAACAAAUGCAACUAUUAGAAAUUGAGCAUGGUGGACCUGAAAGUGUAGGUUGCACAGAGAGGGAUAUUAGGAAUUUUGAGAAAGAAUUAAGAGAUGAACAAAAGGGGAUUGAUGCUGAAACUCUGAUAGAAUUCUUUACAUCUGAGAAAGAGAAGAACAAAGCAUUUUUCUUUGACUAUGAGACAGAUUCAGAAAAUAAGUUCAGCCGAUGUUUUUGGGCGGAUUCUAAAUCAAGGGUGGCCUAUAGUGUAUUUGGUGAUGUUGUUGUGUUUGAUUCCACUUAUAACACCAAUAAUUAUGCAAUGAUUUUUACAGCUUUCGUUGGGGUUAAUCAUUAUCAUCAAACUAUAGUUUUUGGUUGUGGAUUUCUAAGUGACGAGAAAACUGAAUCAUAUAUUUGGUUGCUUAAAAAAUUUAUUGAAGCUAUGCCGACAAGUGCACCAAAAUCAAUAAUCACUGAUCAAGAUCAAGCAUUGACAAAAGCACUUGCUCGAGUUUUGCCGGAAACAGUGCAUCGGUAUUGCUUAUGGCACAUAUUGAACAAAUUUCCUCAAAAGAUUUCUCCAGUAACUUUUCGGGACCACUAUCAGAGUAUAAAAAAGUGUUAUAAAAAAUUCUACAUCUCCGGAGGAAUUCGAGCAUGGUUGGAAGGAUGUAAUUAG